UAUUCACAUGGAAGAUACGUCUUACAUAUAUAAUCGUGACGUUCAAUCUUCCUUGAAUAUUUGUAGAAAUACUCCCUGGUAGUAUCUGUUUACGAAUCGACGCGUGACAGAUCCUUGGGCGUAUCUCUUUUGAGCUAAAAAUAGAAACACCUUUCCUGCGUGCCGUUCGUUACACCUUUGAUUCGACCGUAAGAUACAGAGAAAAAUCCGAGUUUAUUUACAAACCACGGUCAUGGCGCCGAGAAGAGUGGAUCGCAGUGAGAUCAGCAUUUGUGGCAAAUAUUUUGUGUUUUUUACCAACUUUGCUGUACUAGUGGUGUCGCCUCUACUACUGGGUUUUGGUAUUUAUAUCCUAGUUCUGAAGGAGAAAAGUGUGUCCACAUUGAUUGACUUCAUCUUCGAUCCGUCAGUAUGGCUUGUGAUAGCUGGUGUGUUUGGAACAAUCAUUGCGUUUUUUGGAUGUAUCGGAGCGCUGCGGGAAAUCACAAUGUGCCUAAGAGUUUAUUACUGGUUGGUGAACAUCUUCGUUCUUUUGGAGCUCCUCAUCAUCAUCGCUAUCUUCAUAUUCACCUUCACACCAGACAUUUUCAAGAACCUCGGCAUUUACCCGGAAGAUGUAUUGAAGGAUGCUAUUGUUAAAUACAGAGACGAUCCUGACAUGCAAGACUUUAUUGACAACACCCAAAAAGAUCUGGGUUGCUGUGGCUAUACUGACAGUGCUGAUGGGUACAAGGACUGGAACUCGAAUCCAUACUUCAACUGUUCCUCAGAAAACACCAGCUUUGAAAAAUGUGCAGUCCCAUACUCAUGCUGUAUCAUAGAAGAUGGCGAUCCUAUAAAUCUGUUGUGUGGGGCAGGAGCACAGAGUGAUGAACUAUCGAAUUCCAAAUUUGCCCCAAAAAUCAACAAAGGUGGCUGUUUAUGGGUCUUGCGGACCUAUCUCAUGAACAACAUACUUGUUGUGGGAGGCGUUAUGAUUGGAUCACUGAUACCUCAGCUGAUGCUGGUCCACUUUUCCAGAAAUCUCCGAGACCAGAUUUUAAUGCAGAAAAGCAAAUGGCAAUCAUAAGUUGGCCUUUCAUCUUCAAUUUGAGGCUGUCAGAUAUUUUAAUAGUUAUUUAAUUUCUUUCAUGUCUCUUUCAUAACUUUGUAUAUUUUGUUUUUAAGAAAAUAUUGUGAUUUUACAUGUAGUCUACUGGUUCUGUGGUGUAAAUUUUACUUCUAUACUUUCGUUUUAUGUGUGUGUCAUUUGAAUAUUUGAAAACAAUAAUCUUUUUCAAAGAUUGUUUAAGGGUAAGGGGAAAACAUGUAUUCAAGGAUAAGGAAUAAAUAUUGUUUACUUGCAUUAUUUUAAGUUCCUGAGGUACAUCAUGGAAUAUUGACAUGCUUAUUGUCAAAAAGUAUAUGUAGACCUUUUUUUUUUGCAUAUUUCUACUUUUGUUGAAUAUGUGGUCGACUUAUUUCUGAAAAAAUAGAUCUAGUGAAUACGUUGGUAAUUUCUUAGGAUCAAAAUAAUAAAUUAUUUAACUGAUAUCACUAAUAUCACCUACAAAAUAUUGAUAUUAAUCCAGCAAGGCAUUGAAAUUGUUGAAAUGUUUUGUUAGAUGUUAAAGAACCACUGUCAUAUUCAAUGAGAAAUUUUAUCGAACUUAAAUGUAAUUAUGCUAUCCUUGUGGGCAUCAUUGCAGUAAAAAAUAUCAGCAUCUGAAUGCCUUAGGCGCCUAUAUAGAUUAGUAACUCCUGGACCGUUUAAAAAAAUUGUGAAUAAGUGGUCAUCAAAACACAACAUUAUACAAUUACAGCCUUUUGAUAAAGUCAAUGCGUGGUUUUAUUAACGUGACUAAAAAUAUUGACCGAGGACGAUGUAAUUUAUGUUUGGAAACGCCCAGUCAUCAAUUAGACGUUUUAGUUAAGUUUUUUAGUGCGAAAUAUCGAUGUUUUUAACCGGAAGCCAUGUGACCUAAUUUCAGCCAAUCAGAAUAUUUAAAAAAAAUAUUAUUUUAUGAUAAUACUUCUGAUGUAUACUAGAUCUGUUUUAUCAUUUUUGAACCAAUGUUCCAUUUCUUUACGAGUGAUAUUAACAAAUAAUACGAGAAUGUCUUUGUCUUCUUAUCAUUUUCAUCCGUGUGGUUAAUGGCAUAUACAGUUUAUGAGAUUAUAUUUGUAUAUUGCUUUGAUUUCACACAGUAUGAUUUCAUAUUUUAUAUUAAAAAGGCUAGUUUGAUGUUUGAUGUGCGGUUGUGAAAUAAGUAAAGUGUUAAUCGAAAUACAUCCCUGAUAUCGCAAUGAGUUCGCAGAUUAACCUAGGGUAAAUUUAGGAAACGAAAUUCAAAUUAUGCUGACGUGAAAUCAUCCCAAUAUACGAUAUAUUAGUUCUUAAUUUAGUGACAGUAUAUAUUACAGAUUUGUCAUAUUUUUACACAGUUUACAUGAUAAUAGCUCAUUAUUUUUAUCACCAUUUUAUUAUAAGAUGUUUUUAAAUAUUAUAAAAAACAGCGGAAAAGAUCUUGUGGUUUGAAAUCUCGUUACGAAUCUAGUUUAGUGUAAAUUAGCAUGCGCAAGUAAAUUCUUUCAAAAUUUUAUCAUAUAUAAUUUUUACCAAGACGAAAAUAAUCAGUUUCUAAUUACAAUCAACAGUUCACAAUCAAUUAUGAUAAUAAUCUUCAUUUGCGGUUAGCAAUUGGCAGUGGAUAAACCUUAUCGAAUUGUACAAGUACUUAAGCGAAGAUAAAAUUGCUGAAUGUUCAAGUAUAUAAUUAUUUCAUGCAUAUAUAUAACCUGUUAUGAAGUCCAGCAUUGAUCUUAUUUCUAUACUAUCAUACCUGAAUAUUAUCGCCAUCCAUUUCACUACAUAACAAUAUGUGCCUUUAAUCAUUUCACAAGAAAUCCUUAUAAAUAGGUUUCUUGGUGUCACCAGAUGUUCCAAUAUACACGUAUCUAUGAUAAAUACAGAACAUCAUAUAUUAUACAAAAAAUCGGAAUUAUCUACAUACAUUGUGUAAUACUUUUCUUGUUUUAUAUAUUGUAUGACUUGAUUAUAAAAUAAUUUUAGAAAUGAAACCAAAAUUUUAAUGCUAUAUAUGCAGAUAUAAAUUUUAUAUUGUUUCUUCAUAAUUUGUUAUUAAUUUUAUGAAGCUAUGUUUUGUAAAGUACAAAUCUCAUAAUUUAAUUAAUAGUUAAUUAAUAAAAUGAAGGUACAUAGUAAUAUAUGUGCGUAAGUCAGUGAGUCACUUACGCACCGCUUGUUUGAAACAUUGUUGAAGGUUCAAAAUCAAGAUAUAGGAUGUGAUGUAAGUAUCACUUUUCCAUUCGAUGACACAAGAUAUUCAUUCUGGAGUCCCUCAAUACGUUAUAUACAAUGUAGUGCAGUGUAAAUGAUUUCCAUGAAUUUUAGAUGUCAAUGAAGGAACGGAUUUACACUGUAGAUAAGGAUUUGUGAUUGUCUUGAAACAUAUUUAGAUUAACGGAUUAAGGAUUUAACGGAAGUGUAUUUUUUCCUGUGAAAUUUGUUGAUGUUUUGUAUUGUAUAGAUUAUGUGCAGAUUGAAGGAAUGCUUUUAAAUGGAGAGGAUAAUCAUCAGAAUAUACCCCGAUAUAUGUUUUAAUGUUUUUUGUAACAAAGCCGGAAAAUUUAAUCUGUCUUGUUCUAAUUACUAAUUACGAUUUCAAUCGUUUUAUCAUAAUGAAAUAUCCGUUUUAUAGUUAGACAUAUAUUAAACAGUUGUUUCUUUCGUCUUUUCAUGUUUUACUGUUUGUUUCCGAAGCAAUCCUGUCUCAACUUCCCUUGCAAUCAAGCUAUUUUUGGCUUUUCAUGAUGGUUUCAGUUUUUGUGUUGCUUGCUUCUGAAAUGUGUGGUAAUUUGUUCUAGAGAUUUGUUGGAAAUGCAUUCAUUCAAUUAUUUAAAGAAAUAUAUGUAUAUUUGAUAUUGAAAAUUUGAUUAUUUGUAUAUAUAAGUUAGUUCUGCAUUAUGAAGUGUAUUGGAUUAUGUCAUGUACGUCAUAUUGAUAUAAUACGUCUUUAUAAAUGUCAUUUUUUUCGUGAGUUUCAUUCUGAUCACAGCUGUAAUGUACACAGAUUCUAAACACAUAUUAGCCUUUAUUCGUUUGAUCUACAGGCAUUUGAUGAUCUAAAAAAAAAAAUUGAUUUUAUAGAAUAUCAAAUAUCUCAAAUCUCAAAUAGCAAAAUUGUUCUUAUGUUUGUAUACACAUACUUGUUUGAAUAUUCAUUUUUACUUUGAAGUCAAUACUACCUUACAUAAAUGUAUAAAGAUGGAUUUAAACACGUCUGGUGCUGGCAUCACUACUGAGCCGUAAGAGGGGGAAACACUUGUAUGAUUAUUUCUUUAUCUGGCUUAUGCUAUACAUGUAUUUACUUGCUGAAAAUAAUACUAGAAAAAACUGUCGUCACACAUGCCUUACAUGAUUUGAUUGACAAAAUUCCUUACUUGAUGCUCGAGACCAUGCAUUGUAAAAAUCUAAUAUAUUGCUAUUACUAUCAGUUGAAAUCUCCUCUUAACUAAUCAUAUGGAUUAUGCAAAAAGAUGUUUUGAAAAAUUCCCCAAAUGUAUCUGGUAUAUCAUAUCAUUCUGAAAUUGAUAUUGAAACAGAUCAUCUGAUAUUUUAAUCCAGGGCACGAGUGAUGUUUUAGCAAAGUUUUGUUGUUGCAAAUAUAAAUAUAUAAAGUAAAUUGUUUACUAUCAGCAUCAGUUUACAUUUGUUACGGAAUUGACACAUGAUUGGGUUUAAAUAGCAUUGUUUAUUUUAAGAUGAUAAUUUUCUGUCGUUAUGUACAGUGUUAAAUGUUUAAAAUUUGUACAAUAUUCGUAUCUAUGUUUUAUACAAAAUUUCGAUCCAGAUGCUCCUAUCAUCUUAUAACAGACGAUUGUCCAUUAUGAGCAUAACAUAGUAUGAUCAUAAGUAUCACUGCGACAUCGAAACAUUUUUUUGGAUGUUGACUUGGCGCCGUGGUAGCAGCUCCAGAUGAUUCUCAGAUAUUUUUCGUCUUGAGAUCCUCUGCCUGAUCACGAAUCAAUCGUCAUCCUUCAGCCUUUGUGUUUCCAUGUGUUAAAGAUUUAUGAUGGCAUAUGUGAGAGAGAUUUGUUUAGAUGUUUAAUAAUUUUGUCUUCAAUUAGGUCUUUCUAUGGAGAAAUACUCACCUUACUUUUCGUUUUCUGCUUUUAACACAUUAUGUAAACAUAUAAACAAUGUUCAUAUUGCUUAUUUUCUGCAUUUGAACAAAAAGCCGGAUUUUUGUAAACUUUUGCAACAAUUUUCUUUUAAUCAGAAAUAAUAUAAAUAUGUACCGGGGAAUUUAACUUUGUAUUGUUAAUAUAAUAUAUGAUUAAUUAUGGAUAACCAAUUCAAUAGAUACAAACUUUGAUGAACAAAUUUAUCGACUUUGUGUAAAAAGAUGAUUUUAAGAAAUUAAUUUAUCAUAAUCACAUAUACUGCUAUUAAUUUAAAUGAAAAUGUAAUAAUGUUUUCACAUUGAUGAACUAAUUAAUCAAAUUCAAUUUUAAGAGGUUUUAGGAAAUAAUUAAAAUUAACUGCAGCUAUGUUUUUAACCUUAGUUAAUAUAGAUUAUUAUAAAAUUUAUUUCGCGUAUAGUUACAAAAAUAUGAUCAUGUUUAACCUUCAUAAGAAGGAAUGCUUAUGCAAUCGUUACUAUAUACUGCACAUACAAAUGUUUGUUUUGAUAUUUCUAAAAUAUAAUCUUGUUUUUAUCUUUGUGAGCAAAUUACAUAAUUUCUUGUAUAAGUGUGUAUAUUAAAUUCUGUAUCUAAUAAUCGGGAUGUAUGUCUGGAACAGGAUUUCAGGAAUUACAAAAAAUAAUUUUGCAAAAAAAAUAUUGGUACAGGUGUUGGGAAAUAAUGAAUCCAAUAACAAUUUUUUUCUGAAGUUAAAGCAAUAUGCUUGUUCUAUAGUCUAAAAGAAUCAUAAGAAAUAUUAUGAUAAACAAUUAAAGUGACCAUAGUGUAAUAUGUAAAUAAAUAAAAAAAUAUUGCCAUAUUUUUUUUCAGUUAAAAUGGACAGUUUAGUUAUUAGCGUUUUAUAAAUUGAAUGAAAAGUUUAUGAUUAUUUAUGUGAAUAUCUAAGAGACCAGUCUAUUAAGAGACAGUUUUUCGACUUCUCUUGAGUGGGUUUUUUUUCAACUAAUUAAAAACACAUAAAGAACAAAUCAAGCUAGCUAGUCAUGCAUUUAUAAAUCGUUAGAAUAACAACGAAUGUUAAAUGAUCGUAAGAAUCCUAUAUUUUACUAAAUGUGCAAUGAAUCUCCAUGUUGACAAGCAGCUGAGUCAAUAUUUUUUUCUAUAUAAACUUUAAAUAAAAUGUCUAUUUUACUCUUCCGCUUUGGGAGAUAAUAUAGUGAUGAUUUUAACUGUAUAUGAUAGCGGGUCUGUCGUAAUUGAUUGUUGCGUGUGCGAUCUAUAGUGUUGAUUACUUAAAAGCGACUAGUUUAUAUAUAUAUAUAGUUAUACAUAAAUCAGCGUCUCCAACCUGCGAAAGUUGGUGUAAGCCGUUCAAAAUUCAGAUGAUGUUCUUUGAUCUGCCAAACGGUUUUAUCGGUUUCAAAAAUCAUUUUGAAUUUCUAAUCAAAACACAAUGUCAUAUAGUUCCAAUAUUUUAGGAUUUUAGAAAAUUACGACAUGGUCAAUAUCAUAUUUACCUGAAUAAAUCAGGUAGGUAGGCGGAUCCGAAAGAAAACGUACCGAAUUUUGUAUGGAAGAAAAAUUGUUAAUCGUUUAUGGAAUGAUUAGGCACAGCCUUUAACAAUCACAAUGCUUUUGAUACCGUACUCACUAAAUGUCAGUUAAUAGCACUAUCUAUUUGUUAAACAUUUGAUUCACAAGAUACUAAAUGGUGAUAAUGUUUUCGAACUUCGUUUAUAUGAACAACUUGAGUUACUUGUAUGAUUUUUCCUGACAUGUUCUACAUUGAAGAUGUGUAAUCCUCUUUCUGCAUAUAUACAUUUCACGAAGUUGGAGCGUUUGAGGUGAUUAUUAUGUCAACAAUUGAGCUAUAUUUUCAUAUUAAAGAGGAAGUAAUGUUACUGUU